AUGGGCGGCCUUGGUUCGAAAGGCGGGGGUAUGGGCGGCCUUGCUUCGAAAGGCGCUGGUGGGGGAGGAGAUUCAGGUGGAUGUAAAACUUACAUGAUGAUGGGCGCUCGAGGUACCACGGAAGCUCAAGGAAGUUCUAUGGCUUACACCAAGAUGGCCAAGAAUGUCCUACAAGCCGUUCCCGGCGGGGGUCUCAUGGAUAUCCAGUACUCAAGUUCAGCCGAGUACAUGAAAUCACCCAAAGAGGGAGCCCAAACCGGCCUCAAAUACCUCAAAGCGCAGGCCUCCAAGUGCCCAAAGAUGGUUUUCGUCUUGAUGGGUUACUCCAAAGGGGCCAUGGUCCAGAGUCAGAUUUUAGCCGCCAAGGACUUACCACCUAACAAAGUUGUGGCUGUAGUACUAUUCGGAAAUCCAUACUUCACAGCCGGUGCCCCCCAAAACAAAUGUGACGCGAAAAAGGGAAAAGGAAUCGCAGCAGCCAUGAUGGUUAAGGUGCCAAAAGAUUACACCUCACUAAUUUGGGAUUGUUGUCUUACCGGUGACAUGAUCUGUCAAUCAUCGGGUGGGAUGACGACCCAUAUGAAAUACGGAGGUAAACCGGCUUCUGAAGCCCAAGCGUUCAUUGUCGGCAAGUUGAAAGGCAUCAAGGAAGGAGGGGGAUCCGGAGGAGUUGCUGCUGGUACUGCAGAUAAGACGAGUGACACGGGGGCGGCCUCUGCGGCUGAUGGGGCGGAUAGCCAGGCCGAUAGCGGAAUGGGUUCCAAAUUCGGCGGUGGGAUGGGAAGCAAGUCCGGUGGCGGGAUGGGGAGCAAGCUCGGUGGCGGUAUGGGCUCGAAACUCGGUGGCGGGACGGGAUCAGGUGGCGAUGAAACAGGCGGGAAGACGGCUGGAAAGAUGGGCGGAAAGAUGGGCAGUUUGAUGGGCGGUGGUGGCGAUGAAACGGGCGGAAAGACGGCUGGAAAGAUGGGCGGAAAGAUGAGCGGCUUGAUGGGGGGUGGUGGUGAUGACAAGAUGAGUGGCUCGAAGAUGGGUGGACUAGGAGGAAAGAUGGGAGGAAUGGGUGGCAAAAUGGGCGGAUAAUUGGAAUCCAGAACCCUCCCGUGGCACGCUGCAUCCCAGGACCAAUAGCCCGACUCAAAGCUGGAUCAAUAAGUCAUGUUCGACUUCAACGGUGCUGUAGUGAGAAUGUAGUCCAAACCAGCGAAUGACUCAACGAAUGUAAAUAUAUUUGUAUAUAGAAAAUAACUCAUGGCUUUCAACUUCCCAACAAUGUUCGGACUCCA